AUGUCAUACCCCCAACAUCCUGCGCAGAGGCCGCCGCCUUUGCGACAAUACAACAACCCCGCUCCGCCUUCCGUGGCAUCACCAGGAGGAUAUUCACAAGAUGGUUCCCACGGAGGAUACAGCGACAGUGGGAUGAGUAGCUACCAGCACACCGAUCCGGGUUACGACGAUACGGCAUACAGUUACCAGUCCAGCUCCUCCAGUUCGCAACCAUACGCUGCUGCGCAAUCUCAGCCGCGCUCGAUGCGCCCACCAGGACCACCAGGACCACCAGGCCCGGGAUAUGGACGACCCCCAGGCCCUGGAUACGAUGAUCGACGUGGCUAUCCUCCUAACGGAAGUGGAAGACCACCCCCGCAAUCGCGGUCAAGAACACCUGGUGCACGCCCACCCCCAGGCGGUACCUUCGACAAUCCAUUUCCCUCUUUUCCUAAUCGAGACCCAAGAGAUCCGAGGGCGCCCAGAGACCCGCGCGACCCGCGAGACCCUAGAGGCCAAAGAGACCCGAGGGAUCGGCGUGGUCCGCCACCGCGGGGUCUAGAAAAUGACAUGGCUGCAAUGGAUAUCAAUGGAAGAGGCCCACCUAGACCGCACACUUCGAAUUCCAAUGGAAGACGCCCGGAUAUGCGACAGCCACCUCCACGUGGACCUCCACCGGGGCGGGGCCGAGGUGGCUAUCCAAUGGGCCCAGUGCGAGCUGCUAGCUCAGGGAGACCAAAUAGAUCUGAUAGAGACUAUCCAGACCCCAUGGGGCCGAUGCCUCCGCCAUCAAGAAGCGCAACGAUGCCGCUCGCCCAAGGCGGACCACUCUACCCAGGCCAGUCGACCUAUCAAGAAACAGAUUAUCCAGAACCUCCUAUGCGCCCUGAUACUGCGGGAAGCAUGCGACCACCACGAUCUCGUGCCCCCAACGAUAUAGACCCAGGUCUAAUCAUUCCACCCGCUGGAUUAAUGAUACCCCCGGAGCCUGCCAACCGUGUUUCAUAUGCGCCCAAGGAAUUUCUGGACAGCUAUUAUGAGUCUGGUGGUGGUGCUGCCGAUGAACCUGAGAUGCCGAAUUUUGAUGCCAUAGAGGCUCAUCAGCGCCCCACGAUUGAUGAGAUGGGGUUGGAAAUAACACCAGCUAAGAAGCCUGCGCAUGGUCCGACUUCUUCGCCUGGAGACUACUCGUAUUCCAAUGGGGUGGAUCCUAUGCGCUCCCAAUCGGACCCAAAUUUACAACAGGGGGGCAGUACCAAUCAGUUUGAAAACGCGGGAUUCCAGUUUGGCAUUCCCGGCGAAGCUUCCCAUGCUCCCGGUUAUGAUCACCCAGGCUCUGCUGGGUAUCAGCCGAAUGGUUACGAAGAUUAUGCGGGAUACUCACAUGGUCCUUCCCCGGUCCAGACCACCCAGCCCGGCUACCACAACCCAGCCGAGAGCCCAGCUCCUCACCAGAACCCCGAUGCCCUUCCUCACCACCCAGCCCCAUUCCGCCCCGGUCAUGACCAGGCGUCAAAACCUCCACCGGUUCGGCAGUACAGCGCUCCCGAAUCUGUCCCAGCUCCCGCUGCUCCACAGCCAACAGUGCCGCCUGGUGGAACAGCUCAUGUGCCUGUCACAAUAGAAGAGAUACAGCGGCUACAACAGAAGGCGCGAGGGAACCCUUCCGACCAUAAGACCCAACUUCUACUCGCCAAAAAGCUGGUUGAGGCAUCUACCGUUCUAGUAGGGGAUGACAGCAGACUAGAUCCGAAGACCAAAGCGAAGGCCAAGGAGAAGUACAUAAUGGACGCGCAUAAGAUUGUCAAAAAGCUUGUUUCAGCCGGGUACUCUGAAGCCCAAUUUUUCCUGGCCGACUGCCACGGCGAAGGCCUAUUGGGACUGGAAGUAGACCCCAGAGAAGCAUUCUCACUAUACCAGUCUGCUGCAAAGCAGGGACACGCACAAUCCGCGUACCGUGUCGCCGUAUGCUGCGAAAUCGGCCAAGAAGAAGGUGGUGGUACCAAGCGUGAUCCAUUCAAGGCCGUUCAAUGGUACAAGCGUGCUGCUGCGCUCGGUGAUACACCCGCUAUGUACAAAAUGGGAAUGAUUAAUCUAAAGGGCCUUCUGGGUCAAGCUCGGAAUCCCCGCGAGGGUGUAUCCUGGCUUAAGCGGGCGGCUGACCGUGCGGACGAGGAGAACCCGCAUGCACUCCAUGAGCUUGCCCUCAUGUAUCAGAACGCUGGCCCCAACGAUAUCAUCGUCCGCGACGAGCAGUAUGCCUCCCAGUUAUUCCAUCAAGCUGCCGAGCUUGGCUACAAGUUCUCUCAAUUCAGACUUGGUACUGCCUACGAAUAUGGUCUGAUGGGAUGCCCCAUUGAUAAUCGCAUGAGUAUCAUUUGGUAUACUCGUGCUGCGGCCCAGGGUGAACACCAGAGUGAACUCGCCCUUAGUGGCUGGUAUCUCACCGGAUCAGAGGGCAUUCUCGCCCAGAAUGACACCGAAGCCUAUUUGUGGGCUCGCAAGGCCGCCACCGCUGGCCUUGCCAAGGCCGAAUAUGCAAUGGGAUAUUUCACCGAGGUCGGAAUUGGCUCUGCUGCUAACUUGGAUGACGCAAAGCGAUGGUAUUGGCGCGCAGCUGCUCAAGGAUUCCCCAAGGCUCGUGAGCGUCUUGAAGAUCUCAAGAAGGGCGGAAGCCGAAUGCAAAAGACUCGCCUCUCACGCUCGGCUGUUAACAAGCAGAGUGAUGGGGAUUGUGUUCUCAUGUAG